UUGCUAGGAGAAUGACAUCUGAUUUGCAAUGGUCAUGUUUUUUUUUGAGAAACUUCAGAUUCAUUGAGAAGGAAAAUUAAAUAUUGACUAAGGACAAUGUCUUUUUUUCUCGGUAACUUAACAAAUGACUCUAACCUGUGGAAAGUAAGAUACAAUUCUACGGACCUUAUCAAUUCUCCAGGAACCUUGAAUAUCUAUCUUUUUUGCCUAACGAGUUUAAUGACUCUUGCAGCCCUGGCGGGCAGCAUUUUUUCACUAGUUUCCCUGCUGAAAAUGCAGAACAAAACUGUUGUGUCCAUGCUUGUGGCUUCUUGGUCUGUGGAUGAUCUCAUGAGCGUACUCUCAGUGACCAUCUUCAUGUUUUUGCAGUGGCCAAAAGAGAUCCCCGGCUAUUUCCAGUCUCUGUGCACCACCUCGGCUCUAUUGUACUUAUGCCAGGGACUCUCGAGCAAUUUGAAGGCGACGCUCCUAGUCUCCUACAACUUUUGCACGCUGCCCAGGGCUGCGGGGAGUCAGGCGGCCUCCAGGAGGUCUGGCCGGGUUUUCGGCGCGGCGCUGACAGUGUGGGCAGCCAGCCUGCUGCUCGCCGCGCUCCCGCUGUGCGGCUGGGGCGCCUUCGUGCGCACGCCCUGGGGCUGCCUGGCCGACUGCUCCAGCUCCUACGUGCUGCUGCCUUUCGCCGUCUACACCUCGGCCUUCGCACUCCUGGCCGGCCUCUCGGUCCCGCUCACUCACCAGCUGCUGUGCUCGGAAGAACCGCCGAGAGUCCAUGCGAACUACCAGGAAAUUUCCCGCGGAGCCUCCACUCCCGGGACCCCUGGCACCGGGGGACGAGAGCUCAGCCCGUCUCCCGAGGAUGCUCCGGGCGGCGCUUGGCGGUGCGCUGGGGUUCAAUCACCCAGCUCCGACCCUAGCUUCGGACCCGCCCUGCGCGCUGCCUGCGUGGCACCAAGAGGGACCCUGUACCGCUCCAGGAGCUGGGCCGUGAGCGUAGCGCAGAGGCGCUUCGCUCUCAUCCUAGCGCUGACAAAAGCCAUCCUUUGGCUGCCCAUGAUGAUCCAUAUGGUGGUCAAGCACGUGGUGGGAUUUCAGAGCUCUCCCGUGGAGACAUUCAGCUUUCUACUAACCCUGCUGGCCACCACUGUCACCCCAGUGUUUGUUCUGUCCAAACGCUGGACCCACCUGCCCUGUGGCUGCAUCAUCAACUGCAGGCAGAGUGCCUACUCAGUGGCAUCAGAUGGGGAAAAAACCAAGAGGAAAGGCUUUGAAUUCAAUCUAUCAUUCCAACAAAGUUUUGGAAUUUAUAAAAUAGCACAUGAAGAUUACUAUGAUGAUGAUGGAAAUUCCAUAUCCUACCACGACCUGGUGAACCAUGAGUGUGAAGUUAUAAGAGACUCCCAGAGAGAUAACCAUAACAUCUUCAGUGCCAUAAAAGUAGAAAUCAGCACCAGGCCUUCUCUGGACAGCGCCACACUGACAGGCAUCAACAAAGGCACCAACACUGAUAUCACAGAGGCUAAACAGGAUCCUGGCAAGGAAAAGGGUGCAUUUUCCGACAAAACAGGAAGUGGUCUUAACUAUGAAGAAACUGUCUGUUUUGAAAGUCCAGAAAGAAGACUAUCUCAUGAGGAAAAUCAGAAACCAGACCUUUCAGACUGGGAGUGGUGUAGGAGUAAAUCAGAAAGAACCCCACGUCAGCGUUCUGGUGGUGGGCUUGCCAUUCCUUUGUGCGCCUUCCAGGGGACCGUGUCUCUCCAUGCGCCUACUGGGAAAACCCUCUCUCUUUCUACCUACGAGGUCAGCGCAGAAGGGCAAAAAAUAACUCCAGCCUCUAAGAAAAUAGAAGUCUAUCGAUCUAAAAGUGUUGGCCAUGAACCAAACUCAGAGGAUUGUCGUCCUACAUUUGCAGACACCAGUGUCAAGAUACACUUGGAGGUUCUUGAAAUUUGUGAUAAUGAAGAGGCCUUGGACACUGUGUCAAUCAUUAGCAACAUCAGCCAGUCCUCCACCCAAGUCAGGUCUCCCUCACUACGCUACUCAAGGAAAGAGAACAGAUUUGUUUCAUGUGAUUUAGGGGAAACAGCCUCAUACUCCCUCUUUUUACCCACAAGUAAUCCUGAUGGUGAUAUCAACAUCUCCAUUCCAGACACUGUGGAAGCACACAGACAGAACAGUAAGAGGCAACAUCAAGAGAGGGAUGGCUAUGAGGAAGAAAUCCAGCUGUUAAAUAAAGCUUACAGAAAAAGAGAGGAAGAAAGCCAGGGGUCAACUGGUUGA